GGAGACCUAAUGAAAACCUAGGUGGCCAAAACACUGUCUCCAAUAAACCACAUGGGAGCUAAGAUUGCAGUCUCUUUUGACCAUUUACUGAACAUAUUAUUCUGCAUCCAGCAUCUGCUCAGAAACAGUGGUUGUGUGUAUGUAAUCUGUUCCUAUACUGAGUGAAGGCUUUCCCACCCGGUUGAUAAAUAAAGGUUGGAUAAGUGAUGGAUCCUUCCUCCAAAGGCCCUAAUUUGCCAUCACUUUACCAUGUGUUUUCUAUAUGAACUCAGCUUUGAAUGCAAAAGGGAUCAUUCUGCGGGCCUUUGAGCAGUUCAGACUAAAAUCAUGCGUCGACUUCAAGCCCAGAGGCUCUGAGUAUCACUUCAUUUCAGCCCAGAAGAACAGAGGGUGUUCCUCCCACGUAGGGAGAUCUUCCAAGUAUGGACAGCCUCUUUCCAUUGGAAAUUACUGUUAUCAUAUUGGCAUUGUGGAGCAUGAGUUUCUACACGCUCUGGGAAUCUGGCAUGAACAGUCCAGAUAUGACAGGGAUGAAUGUCAUGAGAGGAACUUUGUAAAAGUCUCUCAUUCGACCACCCUAGGUUUCCCGUAUGACUACAGCUCGGUGCUACAUGACAAAAAAUCGAUUUCAUUUAUGGAACAUUGCAACUUCGACAACCAGAGAUUGUGUGGGAUGAGUCACGGAAUCUUCCAGGUGGAGUUUGAGGUGCGUAAAGGAGCAGGACUGUCUACAGGUGGGUUUUCCAUCGAUGACAUCAACACCCCCAGAUACUACUCCCCAGAAGGCUAUGCCUACCAGAUUGCCUUUUAUCUUCGUGAAAUGUUGUUUGGAGUCUAUGUGCGCUUAGUCUCAGGAAAGUAUGAUGACCAACUCCAGUGGCCUUGCCACCAUCGACAAGUGACGAUUCAACUGCUGGACCAGAAUCUCCACAUCAGCAUUACCACUGAACCCUCACUUCAGGACGGUAAGAGAAAUUCAAACAUUCAAUACGAGUAA